AUGGUAUCUUUUGUAUCCUCCUCCAACUCCCUGAGCGAGGAGAAGAUCCCUGUGGACGACGACAACGCAUCCUCAUCAUCUGAUAGCGAGGGGUCCAUCAACACUCCAUCAUCAACAAGCUCUUCUGCCUCUCCAAACAUGGAAAGAAUCAAUGAACCGAGCUUUAGCGACAGCAUGCCAGACAAAACAGCCAAUUCUCCACGCGUACGAGAAUGGAUCCGAAAAUGGUUCGCGCAACGCUUCAUCCAUCAACGUUACACCAACUGCACGAUUGAGAAACUCCACUGGUCCGGAAAAGACAUCCACGAUGAAUCAAAGGAAAAUUUGGAGGGCGAUCUCACGACCUUGGGCUUCGAGCUAUAUGCACGAAGUCUCGCACUUGAGAUUAUCGAAGCACGUGGAGGGGACCUUGUCAUCGGAGGCAUUUCCGGACUAAUGGAACCGAAGGAGGUCUUGCAGCACGUCAAGCAGUUCAUCCAGAAGAAAUUUGAGGAGACGAAUAAGGAAAAUGUGAAUGAACAUGGCUACGACCUUGAUAUCCUACGUUAUUUCAUCUUAUUCUCCCUUCUUGUUUUGGUUAAGAUCAGUGUGGUUUGGAAGUCAUUAUACUUCACUGUUCUCUUGACUGGCUGCUUUCUGUUUUUGAAGCAAGUCAGCAAGUCUUUGAAGAAAGCUACUUUUGCGAUUGAGGACAAGCGGCGAAUCGAAGCAUAUGGUACGUCGAAUCAGCAAUUCAGCCAUUUCGCACCCUCUGCAAUCAAGAUGGAACAAGACCAAGAUAUUGCUAUCGAGAAAUAUUCAACGGAGAAUGAGGAGAAUAAGCGGGAAAAGGUGUCGGAUUUCUUCGGAAACGACCUCGAUUGGAAGAAGAAGUUUUUAGGCAUUUGGAAGAUCUGGUUUCUUCUCGAGAUCUUUUGCUACUUCUUGGAUUGGCAAUUUACUCGAACUCUCAGUGUUUUUGGGGCUACGUGUUUGUUCUGUAUGUCGAAUGAGGGGAUUUACUUGAUGGUCUCACACUUGGAGGCUCGCAAGGAAAUGCUGCUCGAGAACGAGGGUAAGGGGGUGGGGACCCAGAUCGAUCCGAAAUCCGAGUGA